CUUACGAGCGUCUGCGGCUAUCACCAUUUUCAAAGGGCCGGUAGCCUGCACGUCAAUAUGUUUGAGAGUUUGUAUUUUGUUGUCGUGACCUUCUCAACCGUGGGCUAUGGAGACUACAGGCCUGACAACUAUCCAUCACAGCUGUUCAUGGUGGUGAUGAUAUGUGUCGCUUUGAUUGUUCUACCUACUCAGUUUGAACAGUUGGCCUUUACCUGGAUGGAGCGACAGAAGUUAGGAGGCACUUACAGCAACUACAGAGCUCAGAGCGAGCGGCACGUGGUCGUGUGUAGUACCACGCUUCGGGCGGACACCCUAAUGGAUUUUCUGAACGAGUUUUACGCCCACCCACUGCUUCAGGAUUAUUUCGUUGUCUUGCUGUCUCCGUGUGAACUCGAUACCACGACAAAAAUGAUUCUACAGGUUCCAAUGUGGGCACAAAGGGUCAUCUACAUCCAAGGGUCAGCCUUGAAGGACACUGAUUUAACCCGAACUAGAAUGAACACAGCCGAGGCUUGUUUUAUUCUGGCGGCUCGAAACUACGCCGACCGAAGUGCAUCGGACGAACACACUAUUCUUCGAUCUUGGGCUGUCCGUGAUUUUGCUCCCAACGUCCCACAGUAUGUACAGAUAUUUCGUCCCGAGAAUAAAUUGCACGUGGCGUUUGCCG